AAAACCAAAAUAACACCAAAAAAAAAAAAAAAAAAAAAAAAAGAUACAACGUUUCCUUCCGAGCCUAACCCUUUCAAUUAAAUGUUUCAAUGAAAAUCGCACAGUUCUUCACUCUCUCACCCUCUCUCUUCCUGCGAAUAAGACUUCGGAGCCAAUUCGCAUGGUAAUUCCGGCAGAACAGAUCGGGCGUUCCUUGUUUUCUCUCUCGACUCUCUCUCCAUCUACCUUGUCUGUGAAGGCGAUUUCGGAUGCCUUGGAUCUUUCAUGUCAUUUUUUGAUUGAUAAUCACGCGAAGAAGACUAGAAGAGCUUUGAGGAAGUCUCCGAGUUUCUGGAUUCCUCGCAAUGUGGAGGUUUAGCUUGUAGGUUUCGAGAAUUCGGAGUCUGUUUCAGCAAAUGAGGCUUGAAAUCAUCAAUAUUAAUUUGAAUUUUCGUUCGUAUUCAUGCGAUUGUUUGAAAGAGCGGUUCGAUUUUGUGAACUUCUGAGGACUGGAAGGGGCGAAUGAGCGAUCAAGUUACGUAGGUGUAUCGAUCUUUUGGAAGUGAGGAUUGUAGUCCGGGCUUCCGAAUUUGUGAGAUUUUUUUCGAUUUAGAUUUGUUUAAGAGUAUGCGAGUGAGAACGGUUAGUGGAUUCUAAGGAUCGGAAGUGGUUCAAGAUGUCGAAGUUGGUGUAUGAAGGGUGGAUGGUGCGGUAUGGGCGGAGGAAGAUCGGCCGAUCAUUCAUCCACAUGCGGUACUUUGUUCUUGAGUCUCGGUUGCUCGCAUAUUACAAGAGGAAGCCCCAGGAUAGUGUGGUACCGAUCAAGACCCUUGUUAUUGAUGGCAAUUGUCGGGUGGAGGAUCGAGGCCUGAAGACUCACCAUGGACAUAUGGUUUACGUUUUGUCUGUUUACAGCAAGAAAGAUAAGUACCAUCGGAUUACGAUGGCCGCAUUCAACAUCCAGGAGGCACUAGUAUGGAAAGGAAAAAUUGAGUUUGUCAUUGAUCAGCAGGGGGCACAAGUUUCUAAUGGUAAUAAAUAUAUUUCUUUUGAGUAUAAACCUGGAAUGGAUAACGGGAGAACUGCUUCCUCAUCUGAUCAUGAAAGUCAGUUUAGUGCGCAGGAAGAUGAAGAGGAUGCUCAUCCAAAUUUGCUGCGGAGAACAACUAUUGGGAAUGGUCCCCCAGAUUCAGUAUUUGACUGGACCCGGGAAAUAGAUUCAGCUUUGUCAAACCAGAAUAACAACAAUCAAGCAUUUUCUAGAAAGAAUUGGCGUCUUCUCCAAUGCCAAAAUGGACUUCGCAUUUUUGAAGAGCUUCUUGAAGUUGACUACCUUCCAAGGAGCUAUAGUAGAGCAAUGAAGGCUGUAGGUGUUGUUGAGGCUACCUGUGAAGAAAUAUUUGAGCUUGUGAUGAGCAUGGAUGGAACACGGUUUGAAUGGGAUUGCAGCUUCCAGGAUGGUAGCUUAGUUGAGGAGGUUGAUGGGCAUACGGCAAUACUCUAUCAUAGACUUCAAUUGGACUGGUUCCCAAUGUUUGUGUGGCCCCGUGACCUUUGUUAUGUGCGUUAUUGGCGUCGUAAUGAUGAUGGAAGCUAUGUUGUAUUAUUUUGUUCGAGGGAGCAUGAGAACUGUGGUCCCCAACCAGGAUUUGUACGAGCACAUAUUGAAAGUGGAGGCUAUAACAUUUCCCCCUUAAAACCUCGAAAUGGAAGACCUAGAGCACAGGUGCAGCAUCUUAUGCAAAUUGAUCUGAAAGGGUGGGGUGUGGGUUACAUUUCAUCAUUUCAGCAACAUUGCCUUCUUCAGAUGUUAAAUAGUGUUGCUGGACUACGUGAAUGGUUUUCUCAAACAGAUGAAAGGAAUGCCCCUCCAAGAAUGCCACUUAUGGUCAAUAUGUCCUCAGCUUCUGUUUCUUCAAAGAAUGGUAAAAAACCCCAGGAUUCUUCCGUUCAUCCUACCUCUCUGGAUCACAUGAAUGCUGCUGGCAGAAUUUCUGUCAUGAUGGAUGAAUACUCUGAUGAUGACGAAGAAUUUCCAAUAGCUGAGGCAGAACAAGAGGCAUACCCAACUAGGCUUGAGAAUGAAGUCAACAGAACAGCCUUGGAAGAAGAAACAACAAAUCAAAUUGAUUUGUCCUGUUUUUCUGGUAACUUACGGCGUGAUGAUCGCGAUAAUGCUCGUGAUUGCUGGAGAAUUUCUGAUGCGAACAAUUUCAGAGUUCGUAGCAAGCAUUUUUGUUACGAUAAAUCAAAGAUUCCUGCAGGGAAGCAUCUUAUGGAUCUUGUUGCUGUUGACUGGUUUAAGGACACAAAACGGAUGGAUCAUGUUGCCAGGCGGCGAGGCUGUGCAGUACAAGUUGCUUCAGAAAAAGGACUUUUCUCUAUAGCCAUAAAUCUGCAAGUACCUGGUUCAACACACUACAGUAUGGUAUUUUAUUUUGUGACAAAAGAAUUAGUAACUGGAUCCCUCUUGCAACGGUUUGUCAAUGGCGAUGAUGAGUUCCGUAAUAGUAGGCUGAAGCUUAUUCCGUCAGUUCCCAAGGGUUCAUGGAUUGUGCGGCAGAGUGUUGGAAGCACUCCCUGUUUAUUGGGAAAAGCGGUCGAUUGCAACUAUAUACGUGGUCAUGACUAUUUGGAAAUUGAUGUUGACAUUGGCUCUUCUACUGUUGCCAAUGGAGUUUUGGGGCUUGUAUGUGGUGUAAUUACGUCACUGGUGGUUGACAUGGCUUUUCUUGUACAGGCAAAUACUCCGGAUGAAUUGCCUGAGAGGCUGAUUGGGGCUGUUCGUGUUUCUCACAUCGAGCUUUCUUCUGCUGUAGUACCAACGCUGGAGACAGAUGCAUUAGACUGAGUGAAAACCACAUUUCCUUUUGCAGAUUUUAUACGAAGCCAUUUGUUCCAAUAGAUAUAUAUACUUCAUCCUCAAUUCCAUCCCUUCCCUUUGUUAUUUGCAGAAGAAUAUCAAUGCUCUCCAAUAUAAUUUUUUUUGGGCCAACAAAGAUAAUGAGAAGGGAAGUAAUAGUUUCAUUGUUUUACUAUUCAUUUUUCAUUUUUUUUUUUUUUCAUUUUUUUUUUCUCUAAAGCUCAAAUAACGAAGUAAUUUGGUUUAUUAGUAGGUGUCAUGUUGAUGUAUAAUUCUUUCCCUAUAUAUAAAAUUGUUUUCAA